ACCCCCAUAUAUUUAAUAAGGACCAUAUUUGGUCCCAUAAAUUGUUACUUUUGUUACCUCCUGAAAUAUAACAGGAUCUAUAUUGCACAGAGCCUUCCUUUCUAGGGAAAUGCUCCUGCCAUCUGCUGGAAAGUUACGGAAUUUAGCAAGUAAUUUUUUCAGUAGCACUUUAUUUUGCUGGUUUUUAGGUGUUAAAUUUUUGCACUUGUUCUUUUGUAAAGAUCUGUAGGUAAAUGUAAUAUAGUUCAGAGGCACUUAAGUCAGGUGGUCUGGCAAUUGAUGGCACCUUUUUGUACACUAAGAAGGUAUUAAACAAAUUACCAACAUAAUUUGCUACUGACUAUGUGGCUUAACCCUUUCAAGUGAAACACCAACUCACUUUAUCCAGUCAGUUAACACUUAAGAUGACUUUUCUCCCCUCAACUGACUGGUUAAUCAUACUAAUUUUAUGAUAUGGUUGACUCUGACAAGAAACAAAUUAAAAUCAGAUCAGUUCAUGUGGAUUACAGAAACAUCAAAAUCAUCUGCAGAUGAUUCUAGAUUUCUGGACUGAAAUUAGUGAGAUAAUUCCACAUUUUCAGUUCCUUGGGCAAGCCUCUAGCUUGCACGCACCUUAGGUCAGCCUAUAAAUGCAUCUUUAGACACCCCAUAAUUAUAGGUAUUCAACAUUCCUGCAGAGAUAAUGUGGCAUAACUAUCUAAUAAUAAAACAAAAAUCAUUAUGGAGUUACCUAAUAACUACUAAAACCAUUCUGCAUUCUCAAAGUUUAUGCAGAAAGCAGGACUGUCCUCUAGAUUUUACUAUUAAAUAAUCUUCAGGUUCAUAUCAACAUGAUGUAAUGAAAAAAUACAAUAUUUAAGCAUCAAAAUUCUCAGCUAUAUGUAGCUAAUACUUGCUUGCUCUGUUACUACUCCAUGACUAAGGCCCAUUCUGAAGAAACAGAACCCAUCUUGCAUAUGAAGUAAACUAUCUUGCUAUUUAUCCCAGGUGAAUAUACAGCAAAGAAACUGCAGAACACAGAGCUGGAUAAGCUACCUUGAAACUGCUCUCCGUGUUGAGGCUUGUGAUGUCCGUAGGCAAACUUACAGACACCUUCAGUCUACUGGGGACGGACAACUCAAACAGAAGCAGAACAAGAGCAUGAAUUCCACCUUCCAACUAUAGAGGAACCUGCUCUGCAGAGGAAUCAGCAGAUGAGGCUUCUGCCAGUAAGAGUCUUGAUUUAUUUAUUUACAAGAGUCAGAGGGAAUACAAUUAAAGAGAGAAGGGGUAACACAAAGAAAGUGUGUUCUCAUGAUUGAGAAAAUGGGAAAACUGGAGGAAUAAUUUUGUCUCUGAUACCAACGAGUUCAUAUAUGAUUCAGGGGGGCUCACUUAAGAACAAAGGUCAUCAUAGAUGGAUACUAGGCAAUCUGGGGGGCGGGAUCUUUUUUGGUCAUAUUUUUUCAUUUGUUUUUUAAAAAGGUGCCUGGGUCAUGGUGAGGGUUCAAGUCUGACCUCAUUCCAGCAGUGUAUAAAGGUGGGCUAAGAUCGGGCUAGAAAAGUCCUUUUGUUCUUCUGUGAAGGAACCUGCAUAGCGAAGGCGGAUGGGAUGCCUUGUCACUAUCGUCAUGUGGCUCUGUGCUAAGGGGUACAGAAGGUUACAGCCCUGGCACUCCCCAGAGGUAGCCUUGAACCUGCAUGUGAGCAGCUUGGAGAGACAAGGCAAGAUUUUUUUUAUUCAAGUGCUGACUUGGGCAGAACAUAUGCACAGCAUGUUUUUCAUUUAUUGGUUGCCCAAAAUGAGAGGGCUCCAGGGCCGCAGAAAUGCUGAAAGUUCGUAAGUACACUUGUAUGCGAAGUACAAAAGUGCCUAGUACUGGAGGCGCAGGGGAAAUAUCUUAGGUUUCUUCACUUGGAUGCGCAAAAUUAAUGUUCUCUGAACAUGGCAAUGUGAAUGUAGUUGCACUCCUUUUCUCUGACCUGUGGCAUGAGGGCGCUACAAACAGCUGCUGCAGCAUGUAUGGUGGAUUAUAGGGUGUUAGAGUAACAGGAGUACCAUGUAAACGUAUCAAAUGAAACUAUUUGUUAUCAAAAUUAGUGCUAGGUUCAGAUUGAGUAUGAUCUAUGACCACAUAUUAAGCAAGAGAAACACAAAUACAUGUUGAAUAAAUAGUGCCAGCUGAGCUUAAUAACAUGUAGAAAAAAUAGUAUCCUGUCAAACAGUUAUAAGACAUAUACAGGAUAAAUCUAAAUCAAGACUGAAUGGGCAAUUGUAAUUUAAGAAUUUCCUUAGCUUUUCCUUCCCUUUAAAACCUUUUAAGUUAUGUAAUGUGUUUUGAUUGAGUAAAUAUGUACAGGGUUUUUUUGUUAGUGCAGUGUAAUAUCAAUUACAGUCAGACUGAAUUCCAGCAUUUCACAUGAUUUCAGUUCAAAGUCUAUGUAUAAUCAGCUUUGAUUUUUCAGCACCCUCUAGAGUAAGCAGAAAGUGCCAGCAGCCUUUCCUUUCAUCUUAGGUAGCUGAGGUAAUAUACUCCUGGUUUUGCCUUUUUAUUGGAUUUCCUGAUAGUCUGAAUGUUUAAAAAUAGCUACAGAAGUACUGGAAAGGACUAAAUUGAAACAUGUUAAAUUAUUAAAUAAGUGAUCAUAUUAUAAAAACAGUCCUUAAAAUGCUUUCAUGUGAAAACCCUACUUAGAAGAAAAACCAACCAAACAAAAGUUUUUACCUUGGAACCAGGAAUAAUAAUCAUAUUAAAGUGUAGCUUUACAAGCCUGUGGCUGAUGUUUUUUUUACCUACUGUAACUGCAAAAGGAGUCUCUGGAAGAUGUGCUACAAGGUUUAGCAGUUUUAUGCUCACCACUCUUGCAAGAAAGUAAAGUCAUUGUUUACAUGAGGACGGGUCAGCUCCUGCUGCCUCCCUCACAGAUCCUCCACGGUGCUGUAUACUGACUCUUUUUCCCCCUUUACAAUUUUGUAUCUUUACACCGGUGCUUUCCCUCUUGGAUCCUUGAGCUGCUCCUUAAUCCUAUAUCAAUAAUCUCACUUCUGUCUGCAAUUUUACUGUUAUUUUUUGCACGAUUCUCACAGUUUAGCGAAUUUCUCAGUAUUCUAAGCCAAAUACGUGCAGCUGGCCUGUCUCAAAACUAGCUUUUGGGUCACAGACAGCUGAGUCCACAGGAGAAGAAUAACAUGUAAUGAAAGCCCACUGCUGUUUCCCCCCUGCGCCCAGCCAUCUCUAAUCUUACGCUUUGGCCCAGGUGUUCCCAAAGACCUCUGUACCACUUAGUCCCCAGCUGAGCUUUUGCAGGUAGAUUAUGCAACUGCUCUUGAAAGGCAAUACCGUCGCAGUAGACCUACUACCAGCUUUCACGAAUGUGUAAGUCAGGCGGUCUCCCGGAGCACAUCUGGGCUGCUUCGUUGGGUUUUGGUAAAACACUAGAAUUCAGCUGCACCAAGGACCCGAUAAACAGUAAUACAUCAAUAACUCCUAACGGGAAGCUGAGGGUUGCAGCAGUUACUGUCUUCUGUUUCUAAGAUUGUAAAUUUUGUUUUCAAACAUUGGCAUUAAACUGCCAAGGAAAGGGCAACCAUUUCCCUAUCAGUUUACGCUGGUAAUUCAUUAUUCAUCAUACAGAAUUAGAGAGCUUAAUUGAAGGUCUUUGAGAGAAGUCUCGAGCAAUGCACCACAGAAGCUUGGUAGCUAAGAUGCUGUUGAUUCUUUCCAAGUAAAAUAUAAAUUGAUCUAAAAAACCCAGUGUGACAGCUGCUUUUUUUUAAAAAAAAAAAAACCCAACAUGUUAAUUUGUUUGAAAGAACAUUGUAAAAAGAAUUGAACAUGGGAUUGAUGUCUGGAAGUUACACUUGAUACAGAGCUUUUUAUUAUUAUCAUUACUAAUGUCAUAAUAUGUUUGCUGCUGCAACCAAAAACUUUGUUAAACAGGUUGGUGAUGGAGGAAGACUAGUUCCAGUGCCCAGUCUCAGUGAAGCUGAUAAAUACCAACCUCUGAGCCUUGUGAUUAAGAAAAGAAAAUGUUUGCUUUCAAAAAAGUCUAAAUUUGCUUCAACACCUUUCACAUUAAAAGACAUUCUUCAAGGGGAGAAAGAAAUUUCUGCAGGUGUCUCAUCUUACCAGUUGCUCAACUAUGAAGACAAAUCAGAUGUUUCGCUUAAUGGUAGAAGAGGAAAUCAGAUAAUGAAUGAUGUUGGUUUUGAUGUUGCUGGAUCAGAUUCUGUUGCCUUUAAAGCUUCGUUUGGCAUAGUGACCAAACAUGAGGUUGAAGUACCAACAUUACUUAAAGAACUUACUACAAGAAAGAUAAACUUUGAUCAUUGUCUAGUCCAUCAAUCAAGAAAAAGUAGGAUGGAAAUUUUGUGCGUGGUCAUGGAAAGUAUUAGAACUACAAGGCAGUGCUCAUUAACUGUUCAUACUGGAAUGCGUGGAGAGACAAUGAGGUUUCACAUUAUUGAAGAUCAGAAUUAUAAAGGGAGGGACAAAGCCAUUGUUUUUCCUGCGCAUACGACUAUUGCUUUUAGUGUAUUUGAACUUUAUAUUCAUUUGGAUGGUAAUUUCGAACUCUGUGUGACUCCAAUUUCAAAAGGAGGAUUUGAAAAAGAGAAAUCUGGAUCAUCUUCACUGACCAAAUUAAGGAGGUUAAAGAGUAAUCUGUUUCAUCGAAAUAAAAGAGUAGUGGAUACCAUUGCUAACUCUGAUGCUUAUUUGGAGGACCUUUUUACAGAUUAUUAUGAAAAAGCUGCAAGCAUGACUGAUCUCUCUACAGGCUAUCUCAGAGAAGGGUCUCAUAUCCGAAUUAAUUUACUUAAUAACAACAUCCCUAAAGGUCCCUGUGUCCUUUGUGGAAUGGGAAGUUCUAAAAGGGAGACAGUCUACGGUUGCCUAGAGUGCUCUUUUAACGGACAAAAGUACGUACGAUUGCAUGCUGUGCCCUGUUUUGACCUCUGGCAUAAGAGAGUAAAGUAACUGAGCUAGGUAAGUGCCUGUUGUCGCAGACAUGAGCAUAACUGUGCCACAAACUUUUCAGAGUUAGUAAAUAUGACUCAAAUUGUUGAAAUGCAAAAUAGUGAAAGUGCAAAACAUUUUAUUACACUAUUAUCUUCAAAUUAUUUGCUUCACAGUCAAUGACCUUUUAGUUAAAAAUGCCCUCAUGCAUUCCCUGACAUAGCUUUACUUCUUUCUAGAACCUUCUCCAUUUAUUAUCACGAUAAUGAAGAAUGUACGUUUAAACUGAAUCUUCAUAAUGUCAAAAUAUAUGCUAGAACUUACUGUAAGUUGUUUACACAAAUUUGUUGUUAAACCCCAAAAUGUUGCCUUUAUCUACACUGGCACAUGAUGGUAAAAUGAGAAUAUUUGUUAAUAAUUUAGUGUUCUCAUGAAUGUUUAAUUGAAGUAUCAGAUUAAAAAACAUGCGAAAACUUA